AACUGCCAAAAGAUGCACAGGAGUUUUCCGAGGCUUGUCCGAUCGCAAGGUAACUUGUUGAAAGGAAUGUUUGGAAAAUCCGGGGAAAAGGAAGCAGUAAAGCAGCUGACACUGGAAGAACAGGAGAGCCUUCGCAAGACGCUUCCCAGCAUCCGUGCUAGAGAAUCCACACAAGUUACUGCUUCAGCUGAUUCUGUCACUGAAUUUGACGAUGAUCUGUUGACGAUGAGCCGUAUCGACACGGAUGCCAUCCGGGCCAGAGGUUUUCUCAAAUACACGCAAAACUAUGUUCCCGGCGUUGAUGUCAAAAACCAAGUACUUGAAGCAGCGUCAUCAUGUCUAAGAAGUGCUGGAGUAAAGUCUGAAAACGUGGAUCAGUACAAAUUUGUGGAAGGAGAUAACUCUGUAAAGUUCGAGUUGUUGAACAGGCUGGGAAAAUCCAUCGAACAUUGGCCAACCAAUGGAAAACUUCUUCAUUUGGAAACAGUGGCAGACGUCGUCGAAUUUUAUCAGACGCCUGUCAAAAAUGUAACAAAAUAUACAGAAAUGGCUCGCGAUGAGAACAAACCGAAAAACGUCUCGAUUAUGGAGCAUGCUGCACGUUUCCAUCCUGAAGACACUCACAUGUAUCAUGGUGGAAUCACUGCAUUCCCAGGAUCAGGUGGUGAAGUUCUCUCUCUGAGACAGAAACGUCUACUUCGACAGUUCCAACCGAAAAAAGAAUGGUUCGAUUAUGAUGAUCAGACAUUUGAUUACACUCGUCCUGACAAGAAUAUGCCAUGGGAUCCAGAAGUUGCUAAUCAAAUGGACAAAUACACUGAUAAACGAUACAACCUAAAAACAAAGCAAUUCACUAGGAUUCGACAAUAAAAAAUAAUUUGGUUCAUUUUUGUAUUAGAGUUUCAUAUUUAGUAUUUUUAGACCUAUUUUCUUUUUGUUUGAUCUAUCGAUUUUUAUUGUUGUAAAUAAAAUUGACGUUGAAAAAAAUAUUUUUGACCUCU